CCGUCAUAUGACAGGUCAUAUCAUGUGUUCACAACACGGAAGUACGGCGCUUAAUCGCAUCUCUCCGACUGGAAUAUAGCUUGCUGACAUUUUUGAGGAACUAGCUUCAACACCAUGGAGCCAUCUGCUUCUGGAAUGUUCUGUGACAGGAUGCUGAGCAUGGUGAACUCUGAAGAUGUGAACGCCAUCAUCCAAGCUCAGAGGCACAUGCUGGACCGCUUUGAGAAGACGAACGAGAUGCUUCUGAAUUUUAACGGGCUCUCCAACGUACGCCUGCACCAGAUGACUGAGCACUUCCUGCUGCACACACGCACUCUGCUGGAGAUGAAGAAAGACCUGGACAGCAUAUUCAGGAGAAUCAGGACACUGAAAGGCAAGCUUGCAAAGCAGUAUCCCGAUGUCUUCAGCAGCGUCCACGAGUCCCCUGUCCUGGAGGAGGAUGACGAUGAGUUUGACCCUGUCCCGCCCAGCACGGCAACCACCACGGCAACCUCGGAGCAGAGCACGGAGUCAUGUGACACCAGUCCUGACAUCAUCUCCCCCACCGUCAGCCGCUGCUCAGAGGACUUCUCCCAAGAGCAUCACCCUGACACGCCCACCCCAGACUGCCCGGAUGUGUCCAAGGAUGUUGGCGUGGCACGGGGCGAUCUUGUUGAUGUGGGCGUGGCCAUCCUUAGGGACGAGGGCCCAGAUUAGAAGGGGGGUGGGGUCAUGUGGAGGGGCAGGACUGGAGAACCUUCUACAUGGGAAUGCGAUUGCUCUGGCUGGUGCACUGACCAGCUUUUUUAAUUAGUAUUUUGUUUUUUCUGCACUUGCUUUGCUGUGUGGUGGUCGGGUGAAGCUGACCCUCGAAGAUUGACUGUAGCACAGUGCAGAGAUACGAGUUAGCAUGUGACUGUACGCUACAGGAUGCGAGUGUCCGUCCACUGCAGGACGUGAGUUAGCAUGUAAGAAUCUGCUACAGGAUGUGAAUUAGCAUGCGAGUGUCCACUACAGGACGUGUCAGCAUGUAAGUGUCCGCUACGGAAUGGGAGUUAGCAUGUGCUGCAUCUGCUAUAGGAAGUGAGCUAGCAUGUGACUGUCUGCUACAAGGUGUGACAUCACCCUUGGAAAAGCCAUAAGAGGGUGAUUAGGACCCCUAGCUGGGUACCUUGUUCUCCAGCUCAGUGGGCCAGUCAGUCCCACAGAUGCUUACUGAAACCCACAGCAGGACCUGUCCCUGGUACAUAUGCAGCCCUGCUGCUCACACACAACCAGGAACUGAAAGAGGACAAAAUACUUGAAUUUUCCUUGUGUCCUGACAAGUGUUGCUCGAAUGUAAUGUUUGCUUUUUUUGUGUGUGUGAAUGCAUCUGCGAGUAUGUGUGAGUAUAUUUGUAUCUGUGUAUCUGUGCAUGCAUAGCAUGUGUGUGCGCAUGCGCUAGUGAGUAUGUCUAAGUAUAUUUGUGUGUGUCUGCAUGUGUAUUAGUGAAUAUUUUUUUGUUUGCGUGCAUGUGUGUGUUCAGUUAUCUUUUCCGUUUAAAGAGCUUAGCACAUAUGUCAUUCUUUAACCAUUUGGGAUUUUGUUUUUCAAGGGUGAAUUAGAAAAGCACAAAAUGUCAAUUUCUUUUUGGUCACCACUUACCAUGUGUUUUAUUAUUUAUUGGUAGAUUAUUUAUGCAAAAUAAAGUUAUGUGACCCCAGAUUAAAACUGAACACUGUUAGUGACCAGAGCUGCUUUCUUCAAGUUUUUUUUAACGAGUGAAACUAGUAAAGUUGUAAAUGAUGUAUAAAUAGAGUAGUGCUUUUUAUAUCUGUAUGAUGAAUGAAAAAUGACGUUUGGAUUGGUAAAUUAACUGUGAUGGCUCUAGGAAAAAAUGUACAAUUUUAACACUGCAUGAAACAUCACUAACCAAAGAAUGUGUCAGUACAGUACUCAGUAUUGGGAGUAAUGUCUGUCUCCAGGUUCAAUAAAAAAAAGUUAUGUUUUUCACCCA